AUAUUUUUUGGAAUUUGGAGUUGAACCUUUCCUCUCAUUACUUUCACCAUCCUCAUUUUGAGCCCACGCAAAAGAAUUAUGCUAUUUGUACAAACUAUGAUAUUUUUGAAACAUGAAAACAUGAUAUUUUUUGGAAUUUGGAGUUGAACCUUUCCUCUCAUUACUUUCACCAUCCUCAUUUUGAGCCCAACGCAAAAAAAUUAUGCUAUUUACAAACUAUGUUGACAAAUUUAAUUUACAAACUAUUUGUUGACAACAUUUGAACCAAUUAUUUCAAGAACGGCUUUUCAAAUCAAUAGAAAUCAAUGGCCUAGACACUUCGUUUGUAAACUAACUUUGUACAAGUAAAUUAAUUCAACCGAAACACACACACUACAUAUACGGCACGUAUACAAAGAUAAUUUCGUUUUGUGUACUGGUUGCUUGGGGAAUUUGGGGGUGAUGGGGGAGUCAUCAGCGGUUUGCUCGUGGCUAAUGGCGGCAUGCAUGUCAAUCUCUUGUCAACAAGACUCGUCCAUGGGCAUCCCAUUUUUAUCGUCUUCGUCGAUGUCCUCGAGGUUGAGCAAAUGUGCUUCGCGCCGGAGGAAGAGGGUCCUGGUUAAAUUUGCGUCGGAGUUCUCUGGCAUUAGUAAUCUUGUGACUUCUUGCUUGGCCUCCGAGCCAUGCAACCAGUUUUAUAAAUCUUCUAAUGGUAGUUUUUUCUCUUCCGACUGUUUCUUUGGGUAUGGAUCGACGACUGUUCCCCUGAAUCGCAGACGUAGGAAACUCAAUCAACCUACUGCUGUUCAUACUGGAGAAACAAUGGACAUACCUGUGCAAUCGUCCAAGGAAGUAGCACCCAAGAAGAAACCUCCAACCAACAAAAGGCAAGUGGUUGUCACGGGUAUGGGUUUGGAGACAUCAAUUGGUCGUGAUCCUGAUGCAUUUUACAGCAACCUGCUUGAAGGUGUUAGUGGCAUUAGUGAGAUAGAGGCUUUCAAUUGUUCCCAGUUUCCAACAAGAAUAGCCGGAGAGAUCAAGUCCUUCUCGACAGAUGGUUGGGUUGCACCCAAACUUUCUAAAAGACUGGAUAAGUUCAUGCUUUAUAUGCUCACAGCAGGCAAGAAGGCCUUGGCUGAUGGAGGAAUUACAAUGGAUGUGAUGGAUGGAUUAAAUAAAGCUAGAUGCGGCGUUUUGAUUGGAUCAGCUAUGGGCGGGAUGAAGGUUUUGGAAGAUGGAAUUGAAGCUCUGCGUAUUUCAUAUAGGAAGAUGAAUCCAUUUUGUGUACCUUUUGCAAUUACCAACAUGGGCUCUGCAAUUCUUGCUACGGCUCUGGGAUGGAUGGGCCCAAACUACUCAAUAUCGACUGCCUGUGCAACAAGCAACUUCUGUAUACUGAGUGCUGCUAACCACAUAAUUAGAGGUGAAGCUGACAUGAUGCUUUGCGGUGGCUCAGAUGCAGCAAUCAUACCAAUUGGAUUGGGAGGUUUUGUGGCAUGCAGAGCACUUUCGCAGAGAAACUGUGAUCCUACUAAAGCUUCACGUCCCUGGGAUAGUAACCGUGAUGGAUUUGUUAUGGGAGAAGGGGCUGGAGUAUUGCUUCUGGAAGAACUUGAACAUGCCAAGAAAAGAGGUGCAAAUAUUUAUGCUGAGUUUCUUGGUGGAAGUUUCACUUGUGAUGCUUAUCACAUGACAGAGCCUCAUCCAGAAGGAACUGGUGUCAUUCUCUGCAUAGAGAAGGCUCUAGCCCAAUUGGGAGUACGCAAAGAAGAUGUAAACUAUAUAAAUGCACACGCGACAUCCACCCCAGCUGGUGAUCUCAAGGAGUAUCAAGCUCUUGUCCGAUGUUUUGGGCAGAAUCAAGAGUUGCGAGUGAACUCUACAAAAUCUAUGAUUGGUCACCUGCUUGGAGCAGCUGGUGCUGUGGAGGCUGUUGCAACUGUGCAGGCAAUACGGACAGGCUGGGUUCAUCCAAAUAUCAAUCUUGAGACUCCAGACGAUGGUGUGGAUACAAAUGUGCUGGUGGGACCAAAGAAAGAAAAACUGGACAUUAAGGUGGCAUUAUCCAAUUCAUUUGGAUUCGGCGGCCACAAUUCCUCGAUCUUAUUUGCUCCAUACAAGUAGAUCUUUAUGGCACGCUUGGUUUGGCAAACGAUGAUGCCAAAGGUUGGUACUGGUAAGAAAAUUGAUUUCCAAGUCUUCGAUGCUAUCAAAACAGAGGAACUAUAACCAAGGCAGUAUCUUGUCUUGUGUUCAUCUUUCCUAGACUGGGGAAAUCAGUCUGCAUGUCUGUCACCAGUAGAGCUGUAAAGUUGUGUUUCUUAUGUCAAUAAUUUCAAUGAUGUCUCAAUCUCGAUCCCAAGUUUUGUAUGCAAGUCGUUGCUGACUUCAUUAUAUUAUAAUAUGUUUCUUUCUUCCAUUCGA